UAUUGGAGUGGAGAGCCCCGUAUUCAUAUUAGAGAUGUUACCAAACAGCACAAUUGGAAAUCCAUUAGAAGAGAAACAAAGGCAUAUUAUUGUAGUAUUUGUGAAAGUUUAUUGCUAAAUAUUAAUGGCUUGAUUUGUGAUUCGUGUGGUGUAUGUGCGGAUCCUACAUGUGUUAAGAUUGCAGAUAAACAAUUGAAGUGCAAAAUUAUUACUCUGAACACAAAUAAUCCAAUGAAACAUCACUGGAUAAAGGGUAAUUUACCUCUGAAUGCGAUAUGUCACGUAUGUAAUGAAGAAUGUGACUUGGAACCCGGUUUAAUAGAUUGGUGGUGUUGUUGGUGUCAAAGAUGUGUGCACGACACUUGCAAAGCUAAUCUAUCUGAAAUAUGUGAUUUUGGUAAAUUUAAAUUAAUGGUGAUUCCGCCAAGUAGUUUGGAAGUAAUAAAUUUACGAAGUACUGUUCGACGUAAAUUACAUAUUCGUGCAGUUAAACCACCAAACUGGUCUCAUUGGAAACCUCUUAUAGUUGUUGCAAAUAAAAAGUCUGGAAAUAAUGAUGGAGCAGAAAUCUUAUCUUUGUUUAGAAGAUUAAUAAAUCCUGCCCAAGUUGUUGAUUUAUCAGAACGCGAUCCAGUUGCUCUUCUUGAAUGGUGCCGUUUACUCGGAAAAGUAUCGUGUACUAUCCUUGUUGCGGGUGGAGAUGGAACAAUAGCUUGGCUUUUAAGUUCUAUUCAUAAACUUGGAUUGGAGCCAGUUCCACCGUUAGCAAUAAUUCCUCUAGGAACAGGAAAUGAUUUAUCAAGAGUAUUAGGAUGGGGAAAAGAACAUGAUUCAAGCAAGGAUCCUACAGAGAUCUUACAGGAAUUGCAAACAGCAAAACAAGUGGAACUUGAUAGAUGGACUGUGAUAGUAAAGCCAUAUGGCGGAUUGGGACUCAGAAACUUAAAUCAGACAUUUUACAUGUAUAACUAUAUAAGUGUAGGGGUUGACGCACAAGUAACAUUAAAUUUUCAUCGUACACGAGAAAGCCGCUUCUAUUUUUAUAGCAGUAGAUUGUUUAAUAAGCUACUGUAUUUAUGUUUUGGUACUCAACAAGUAGUAGAAAGAGAAUGUAAAGACCUUGAUAAAAGUAUAGAAAUAUAUCUAGAUGGUAAGAAAGUGGAUUUGCCCUCUAUUGAAAGUAUUGUAAUAUUGAAUAUUCCAUCAUGGGCAGCUGGUGUUGAUCUUUGGAACAUAGGGCUUGAAGAUCAUGAGAAAUAUGGCAAACAAAGUAUCAAUGACGAAAAGUUAGAAGUAGUUGCUCUUUACUCUUCCUUUCAUAUGGCUCAACUUCAGGUUGGACUUUCACAGCCUUAUCGACUUGGACAAGCUAGUUCCAUAAAGGUAAAAUUACUAAAAUCUUGCGCUAUGCAAAUUGAUGGUGAACCGUGGUAUCAACAACCUUGUGAAUUUAACAUUUCAUAUUGCAACAAAGCAAUUAUGCUCGAAAAUAUACUUAAUAGGGAUACUUAAAUUUAUCUGAUAGUGUUACACAAUUUCAAUUAUGUACAUUCCACUGUUUAGUUUAAAACAAGUGAAAAUUGAUUACAUUUUACGAAAAGAAACAUAUAAACUAAUAUGCCAAAAAUGAAAUAUAAGGAAUGUUAUUUUAGUGACUAAAAUAUUUAGUGUAAUUUUAAAUAAA